AUGGGCUUGGAUGCUGCCCGUUCUUGGCUGGAGACCCACUGGGCUCGGCCCUUGCACUUGGCCUUGACGUUCACCCUCGCGCUGCUGCUGCUGCAGGUAGUCAAGCUGUACCUCCGGCGCCAGGGACUGCUGCGAGCCCUGCGCCUCUUUCCGGGACCCCCGACGCAUUGGCUCUAUGGAAACCACAGGGAGUUUUACCUGGAAAAAGAACUACAGCAGUUUGAUAUGUUGGCAGAAAAAUACCCCUGUGCUUUCCCUCGCUGGGUUGGGGCCUUUCAGGUGCUUUUAAACAUCUAUGACCCAGAGUAUGCAAAAAUUCUUCUGAACCGAAGAGAUCCCAAAAUACAGCUUGGGUACAAGUUUAUUCUCCCCUGGAUUGGAAGAGGACUGCUAAGCCUAGAGGGAAAGAAGUGGUACCAGCAUCGCCAUCUGCUGACCCCGGCCUUUCACUUCAGCAUUCUGAAGCCCUACAUCCAUGUGAUGAAUGAUUCUGUCUGCAGGAUGCUUUUUACUCUCUUGUCCCAGGACACAUGGGUGAAGCUCAGCACCCAGGACAGUUCUGUGGAAAUUUGUGAGCCCAUCCGCCUGAUGACCUUGGACAGCAUCAUGAAAUGUGCCUUCGAUGUCCAGACCAGCUCCCAAACAGAAAGCUUCUCUACCGACUACCUCUCAACCGUGACCAAACUCUCAGAACUCAUCUUCCACCGCCUGCACAGCUACCUCCAUCACAAUGACUUGAUUUACAGGUGGAGCUCGCAGGGAAAAGAAUUCCAGGCUCUCUGCCAAAUAGCACAUCAGCACCCAGCCAAAAUCAUCCAAGAAAGGAGGGAAGCCCUCAAGAAUGAUAGUGAACAGGACAAGAUCCAAAAGAAGUACCUCGAUUUUCUGGAUGUUCUUCUCUGUGCCAAAAGUGAAAAUGGGGAAGUUUUAUCAGAUGAGGAGCUGGAAGCUGAGCUUAAAACAUUUGUGUUUGGUGGUCAUGACACCACAGCCUCUAGCCUUUCCUGGCUCUUCUACUGUAUGGCCAUGAACCCUGAGCACCAACACCAAUGCCGAGAAGAGAUCAGAGGUAUCCUAAAACAUGGAGACACCAUUACCUGGGACCACCUGGACCAGAUGCCCUAUAGCACCAUGUGCAUCAAGGAGGCCCUCCGCCUCUAUCCACCUGGCAUCACCAUAGCCAGGGAGCUUAGCAAACCUAUCACCUUCCCAGAUGGACGUUCCUUGCCCACAGGUAUGAUAGUUGUCCUGAACAUCUGGGCUCUCCACCACAACCCUGCUGUCUGGGAAAAGCCACAGGUCUUUGACCCCCAAAGGUUUUCCCAAGAGAAUUCCAUGAAGAGACACUCCUAUGCUUUCUUACCAUUCUCAGCUGGACCAAGGAAUUGCAUUGGGCAACAGUUUGCCAUGCUGGAGCUGAAGGUGGGACUGGCCCUAACCCUUCUCCGUUUUGAGCUGUUGCCAGAUCCAGAGAAGCCUCCAAUCCCAAUGUCCCACUUAGUUCUCAGGUCUAAGAAUGGGAUUCAUCUGUACCUAAGGCCAUUCCACUAG